AUCUUAGUGUUGGCAUCCUCUCACAAGUAAAUCAAUCAGUAGAGUGUGUAAGAGGAGUAGAGAGAACGACGCUACAGCUAGUACUAGCUAUAGCGACUGCAUACAGAAUUAAACAUGGGAGAGUCGAAGUUGAGUUUAUUUCUCAUCAAGAUCAAGCCUUACUUGGCUAUGGUCUCUCUUCAGUUUGGAUAUUCAGGCAUGUAUAUCAUUAGCAUGGUCUCUUUUAAGCAUGGCAUGAGUCACUUCGUUCUCUCGGUUUAUCGUCACGUUGUUGCCUUCUGUGUCAUCGCACCCUUCGCCUUUGUUCUUGAAAGGAAAGUAAGGCCGAGAAUGACACUCCCGAUAUUCCUCCGAAUAGUUCUGCUUGGUUUUCUUGAGCCGGUUCUUGAUCAAAACUUGUACUUUUUGGGAAUGAAGUACACGUCAGCGACAUUUGCAUCUGCUGUUGUCAAUGUCCUUCCGGCCAUUACCUUCAUAAUGGCACUUUGUUUCAGGCUAGAGACUGUCAACGUUAAGAAGCUACAUAGCCUGGCGAAGGUAAUUGGAACAGUGAUCACAGUGGGAGGAGCAAUGAUCAUGACAUUAUACAAAGGCCCCAUUGUGGAUAUCAUACGAGGACACUCACACAGUCACAACAGCAGCACCACCGAAUCCAGCGAACAGCAUUGGAUCGCUGGCCCCUUAAUGCUCUUAGGCAGCUGCGGUGGUUGGGCAAGUUUCUUCAUUCUUCAAUCCUUUACGUUGAAGAAGUACCCGGCAGAGCUCUCUCUCACAGCUUGGAUAUGCUUGAUGGGUAUGUUGGAAGGUGGAGUAAUAACAUUUGCAGUGGAACGCAAAUUGAGUGUCUGGGUUAUAGGCUGGGACUCAAGGCUCCUUGCUUCCGUUUAUUCUGGAGUGGUUUGUUCUGGGAUGGCAUAUUAUGUGCAAGGAGUUGUCAUUAGGGAACGAGGCCCCGUUUUUGUGACCGCUUUCAGCCCCCUCUGCAUGAUCAUCACCGCCGCUCUAGGGGCUAUCGUUUUAGCUGAGCAAGUCCACCUCGGAAGUGUAAUUGGAGCCAUUUGCAUAGUGUUCGGCCUCUACACUGUGGUCUGGGGCAAAAGCAAGGACCCUCUAGCAUCAAGCGCGCCGUUGAAAGAUGAGAAAACUCGUAACCUUGAGUUGCCAGUGAGUGCCGAUCAUCACAAUAGCAUAAAUGAUCGUACCUGAUCACAAGAUUUCAUUCCCAAGAUUCCUAAACCAAAAGAAUAAUUAAUUGAUAAGGUCGAUAUACAUAUCGAUGUUUUGAUUUGAUGUAUUCCUGCUGAUCCGUCUUACAGUUACAAAAAGGGCCAUAAAAGAUUUUGCACAAAUAUUUUCUGGAACCUCCUUAAUUAUGUCAUGUUGUAUUUUAGGUACAUGCAUGUGUUAAUUUUUGCGUUUUGAUCAUAUGCAUCUUGAGAGUGAACGAAGUGGUCAAUGUAAUAGUUCUUGCCAGUUAUAUAUGUUUGUGUAUGUCUUAGUUCGA